AUGGGUAUUAAUGAUUGGAAAAAUCUUAGUCACAUAUUACCACAACAUGAAAAGGCACAAUACCACAUUGAAAGUAUGAACAAAUGGUGUGAGCUGAGUCAUCGUGUUCUUGAACGUCUAUUAUCUAUUGUUGAAUAUCUAUCAGCAAACAAUCUUGCUUUUAGAGGAAGUAUUGAGAAAUUAUUCCAGCCCCAAAAUGGAAAUUUUUUGGGCCUUGUACAACUGCUGGGAAAAUUUGACACAAUGAUGAGUGAACACCUCCGAAGAGUAACUGAAAAUGAAAUACAUGACCACUAUUUGGGACCAAGAAUUCAAAAUGAACUGAUCAUGCUAAUGAGUAAUAAAGUGAGAGACAAAAUUGUUUCAUUGGUUACUUUGGCAAAAUAUUUUGCCGUAAUUCUAGAUUGCACUGCGGACAUAAGUCAUCAAGAACAGAUGUCAUUAAUAGUGAGAUUUGUCGACAUUAGUGAUUCAGCACAGAUUACAGUUAAGGAAUUGUUUACCACAUUUUUAGAAGUACAAGACACUACAGGUUUUGGACUUCUUCAAACUCUCCUUGAUGAACUAAAACAAAAGGGAUUGUCCAUAAUGAACAUUCGAGGACAAGGCUAUGAUAAUGGCGCCAAUAUGAAAGGAGGCAUUUCUGGCGUGCAAGCUAGAUUGCUGAGAGAAAAUCCACGAGCCUUUUUUGUUCCAUGUGCAUGCCACAGCCUUAAUUUGAUAUUGUGUGAUAUGGCCAAGUCUUCUGUAGAAGCUAUAUCUUUUUUUGGUUUGCUGCAACGCAUUUACGUGCUCUUUUCAGCUUCCACUCAACGAUGGCAAAUAUUCAAAGCACAUGUCAAUGGUAUUACCGUUAAGCCUCUAUCUGAGACACGCUGGGAAAGCAGAGUAGAAAGUGUAAAAACGUUUAGAUAUCAAUCUGAGGAAGUUUAUGAAGCAUUGGUUGCUAUUUCGGAAGAAGCCAGAGAUCCAAAAGCUAAAAGUGAAGCACAGUCAUUGGCCUCUGAAAUAUCCAGCUUCAAGUUUCUAACAUCUGUCGUAAUCUGGUAUGACAUUCUUGUUAAAAUCUCAAGUAUAAGCAAAAUAAUGCAGAGUCCAAUGAUGCAGCUUGAUUCAACACUUAUCUUACUAAACAACACACAAGACUUUUUAGUGAAAUACAGAGAACAUGGAUUCAAAGAAGCACAGGUUACAGCAAGAGAGCUUGCACAGGCACUCGGUGUCGAACCAAAAUUUCCAUGUGCGAAUGUGACACGAGUUUCAAGGAAAAAAUGA